ACACAGCUCUGUGACAAAUCUACGCAUAAGAAAACUUUUUGGGGAAUAUGAGCAAAAAGGACAUGAAAUGUCGGCCAGUCUCUUUAAAAUUCACAAUCGAUAACAUUCUUAAAAAAGAUGUUUUUGACGUACAUUGCUCAAACAGUUCAUCGGACAGCGCUUCUCCAUCCAUAAAGGACAGGAGGCAUCAAUCAGCGCACACAACAUCCGACGAAUCAGUUCGGACGGUCAUCGCAUGUGUUGUCAACUCUCAGAACGAGUCAGAUGAUGCUCAAAGAGUGAUUGACAUGUGUCCAAAAACGGAAAGAAUGAGCAGUAUUGAAGAAAACGAAGAGCAGAGAAGCAUCAAGAAUCCUAAACCAAUGACAACAAAGAAGAAAACGCGUACGAUUUUCUCCAAGAGACAAAUUUUCCAAUUGGAAUCUACGUUUGACUUAAAAAAAUACCUCAGUACCGCCGAACGAGCUUGCCUUGCCAACACUCUUCAACUCACAGAGACUCAAGUGAAAAUAUGGUUUCAGAAUCGUCGGAAUAAAUUAAAGCGGCAGUUAUCUACGGACUGCGACGGAUCCUGCUCACCGGAACCCGGUUCACCAGAUGCUCCAAAAAAUAUGCAGAUACCCAGUUUGUACAGAGAAAAUGUUGGGAACACUGUAUGGAGAGGAUGCGUAUUGCCUAUGCCUUUCCCUGUGGUGUAUAAUGGAAACACGUCCCCAUAUUUGUACCUUUCCAAAGUAAAUAACUAUUUUAGGAUUUUCGAUGGAGAUUUUUAAGUUUGGACCAUAGAAC